AUGCGCCGGGUGCUGAUCACUGCGCGAUGCGCUUUCCUCCUCGUGCUCUACGCGUCUCUUUCCCGCGCUGCACCUCUGAAGGUGGGACCCACCGCUCAGACCGUCCGUGAGGGGCUACUCGUGAGAGCUGGGUUGCGCAAUCACCGAGAGCCUGGCACCGGUCUGAACGAUCGACUCAGCGUUAAAUUUCCGUGUCUGCGCUGGCGCCUUGCCAGAUUCUGUAGCGGCGGGGAUCUACCUGAAACGCGGUGGCGCCCUAGAUCAGUCCAGAGGAUCGUUUGGGCGAGAUUUGGGUCGCUGGGGAUUAGGCGCGCACCAAUCAAAGACCCAUGGGCAUUCGCCUAG